CCAUUGACUCUGUUUUUUUUUUACAAAUUCAAAACAGAGAAAGAGCCAAAGCCAAACCACUUCCCAGUAUUACAACUGCAACCUUCUUUCCUCACUUCUUCCCUCCCUUUUCCGUUCACAUUCAUUGCCCCCAAAAACAUCGCUUCCCAUUCCCAAACUUCUAAAAUAUUUAAAAACAAAAACCAAACAAAGUAAACCUAACCAAACAGAGUCAUCGCCUUUAAAAUAUUUCCUCGGACAUGGUAAAAAAUAUCAUGCUUUCAAGUUCCAGCUUCUUCUAAGCUGUCUUGUCCGAACUCUAAUCCAACACCCCUUACGCGUUUCUUUUUCGCUACAAAAACAGUUGGUUUCUCGGUUCUUUUUAUCUUUUCUUUCAAAUAAAAUAGGACCCAAGGAAUCAAAAUCAUGGCUUUGAGGCACUACAGUUUGUUCUUGAUCUUCGGGCUUUCACACUUUUUUACACUUUUGCCCUUCUCUUUGUCUCAAACCAAUGCCGCAGCCCCAUCCCCCUCCGCGGAUUCUUGUAAUGGGAUCUUCUUAUCUUAUGCUUACAGUUCUGGGACCAAGUUAAAACCCACGGAUCCGAGUCACCAGCCGUACAGGUUCGAGUCGGUUUUAACGGUGCUGAAUAACGGCGACGAGGAACUUAAAUCGUGGAUGGUCUUUGUGGGGUUUAAAAACGAUGAGAUUUUGGUUUCUGCAUCGAAUGCGGUUUUGGCUGAUGGGACGACUUUGCCUGCCGAGGUUGGGAACGGGACCGUUUUUGCCGGGUAUCCGAUGAGUGAUCUGAAAACUGCGAUUGAGACAGCUGGAGAUUUGAGUCAGAUGCAAGUUCAGGUUCAGCUUGUUGGGACUCAGUUUGGAGUGGCGGCUCCUGACGUGCCGUUGCCUGAUAAUAUUCAGCUUGCUAAUGAUGGGUUUGUUUGUCCUAAGGCUUCCUUGCAAGGUAACAGUGAGAUGCAGGUUUGUUGCACCAAAGACCCAAAUUUCAAAACAAAUGUGACAGUAAACGAGGAAUUUCUGCCUCGGCAAAGUGGUGAUCUUACAAUUAUGUAUGAUGUGACCAGAACAUAUGACUCGAACUAUUGGGCACAGGUUACUAUCUCAAACCUUAACCCCCUUGGGCGUCUUGAUAAUUGGAAAUUGAGCUUUGAUUGGAUGAGGGAUGAGUUUAUCUAUACCAUGAAAGGGGCUUAUCCAUAUGUUGUUGAUUCAUCUGACUGCAUAUUUGGCCCACAAGGAACAUACUAUGCGGAUCUAGACUUUGGCAAUGUGUUAAAUUGUGAGAGGAGGCCAACAAUUAUUGACCUGCCUCCAACAAAGGCCAAUGAUACAACCCUUGGGCUGAUCCCUAAUUGUUGCCGGAAUGGUACAAUCUUGCCGCCAACAAUGGACCCUAGCAAGUCAAGUUCAGUAUUCCAGAUGCAGGUCUUUAAAAUGCCACCAGAUCUCAACCGCACUGAGCUCUAUCCUCCUCAGAAUUGGAAGAUCAAUGGCACAUUGAACCCUGAUUACAGUUGUGGCCCUCCAGUGCGAGUAAGCCCUAGCCAGUUCCCUGACCCAAGUGGCUUGCCAUCAAAUACAACUGCAGUUGCCAGCUGGCAGGUUGUUUGCAACAUUACACAGCCCAAGGGUGCAAGCCCCAAGUGCUGUGUAUCCUUUUCUUCAUACUACAAUGAUUCAGUUGUCCCAUGUCGAACUUGUGCAUGUGGGUGCCCCAGCAACACGGCCCUUACUUGUAUUACAAAUGCCCCAGCCGUUCUUCUUCCACCUGAGGCACUUCUCGUUCCAUUUGAUAACAGGACUGCUAUGGCCAAAGCUUGGGCUGAUCUUAAACACCUAACGGUGCCAAAUCCAAUGCCAUGUGGUGACAAUUGUGGGGUCAGCAUAAACUGGCAUGUUUAUACUGACUACUCUGGAGGCUGGAGUGCUAGGAUCACAAUAUUCAACUGGGAUGAAACUGCCUUCCCUGAUUGGUUUGCUGCAGUACAAAUGGAUAAAGCAACCCCUGGGUUUCAAAAGAUGUAUUCCUUCAACGGCAGUACUUUGGAGUUGAAUGGUGUUAACAAUACCAUAUUCAUGCAAGGCCUUACUGGUUUAAAUUAUCUUGUGGCUGAAACAGAUGGAGCCAACCCACAGAAAGAUCCUAGGGUGCCUGGAAAACAACAGACCGUGAUCUCAUUUACCAAGAAAAGUACCCCUGGCAUUAAUGUGGCUGCGGGUGAUGGAUUUCCCUCUAAAGUGUUCUUCAAUGGUGAGGAGUGUGCACUCCCUUCAGCAUUGCCAACAAGCAACAAUAAUAAAAAGGGCUCUACUACAGUAUUCUCAAUCUUCCUAGCAGUUCUUGUGUUCAUGUUGGUGCAACAAUAGCUGGAAUGAACCACAACCUGGUUUUGUUGGUCUUCCUUGCAGUUUCUCUUUGGUUCAUGUUGCAUCAAUGGCUGUGAUGAGUGUCCACCUGACCACCUGGUUUUGUAGCUGAUAUUGAUUCGUUCAUUCUUUCUGUGGUUUGUUCAUUGCAUGCUUUUCGUCAUUACUAAAGAUGCCCAUACCAUGAUUCGUACAUAGAGGAUGCUGUGAAAUUUGAAGUACAUAGAUUGCGUCAAACUAAUUAUGAUGGUCUCUGCAUAUUCAUGAAAGCAGACA